GUAAACAGAUCAAAAUGUGUGCUGCAUAUGAUCCAGUGAAGAGUACGGUUUAUGUAUCGAAUAUAUCGUUUUCUUUGACUAACAACGAUCUACAUAAAAUAUUUGACAAAUAUGGGAAAAUCGUCAAGGUAACGAUAUUAAAGAAUGAACAGCGUCAAAGCCGAGGAGUUGCGUUUGUUCAAUUUAAAAAUGUCUCUGAUGCCGAAUCGUGUCUUGAGCUGAACAAUACACAGAUGUUUGGUCGCACACUAAAAGUUAGUAUAGCGAAUGAUAAUGGUCGAAGUGCAGAAUUUGAUGCCAAGCGUACAUAUGCUGACAAGCAGCGCUGUUAUGAAUGCGGCCAAGAAGGUCAUUUAAGUUAUAAGUGCCCAAGUAAUGUGCUUGGAAUUCGGGAGCCUCCACAGAAAAAGAGCAGCAAGAAAAAUAAGCGCACGGAUUCCACGAGUGCUGUUCCAUUUAGUAGUAGUAAUGACUUCGAUUCCACACACAACGAGGAGUCUAAGGUCGACUGUAUGGAUGCAUCAGCGCAGAAAAAGAAAAAAAUUAAACAAAGCAAAUACUUCAGUGAUGAUGAAGAAGAACACAGCGAAUGAACAGAGCAGUUUGACUGUGACAGAAAAAUUGUUUGAAAUGAGAUUAUACUCUCUGUGUGCAUUCACUUUCAGAACACAGAAAUCAAUUGUUUUUGAAUAAUGCUUUCAUUAAGUUGUGUACGUUGGAAACAUGUCAAUGAAAUUUUUCAUAAAAACAUAUGAUCUCAUUUGUCGAAAUUAUUUGGACAGUUUUAAGUGAUGAUGUGCUCAUACUUUAAAGCAAUACAUUAAAUUAUGAUUUCAUAAACCGAA